UUUCUACAUGACCAAUGCGAACGAUCUUAGUAAGUCGGUUUUUUCUUCUUUUCUUUUCGGCGAGGAGUUGUAAAGAUGGCAAAACAAGCUAGUACUCUUUUCCUUGAAGAAUGGCUGAGGAGCAUUAGUGGCUGUAGCAGUAAUGUUAACUCCACAAAUUCUUCUUCCUCAUCGGCCCGAGCUAUUAUUCAAGCAUGGGCUGAGCUUAGAGACUCCCUUCAAAACCAAUCAUUUCAACCACAUCACCUCCAAUCCUUAAAAACCCUCCUUAACUCUCAAACUUCUCUUCAUGUUGCUGACCCACAAGCAAAAAUUGUUCUUUCCAUUCUUUCCUCUCCACACAUAUCUCUUCCAAAUGAAUCAUAUCCUCUCUUUCUUAGACUUCUUUAUAUCUGGGUCAGGAAAUCCUUCAAACCCUCUUUGGUUCUUAUUGAUUCUGCUGUGGAGGUCCUCUCUCACCUUUUUAAUGCUCAAUUUGAUUCUAGGAAGAGUCCUCUCUUGUUUUCCGAAGGUGUUCUCCUUCUGGGUGCAUUUGCUUUUGUGCCUUCUUUGUCUGGAGGCUCUAAAACAGUCUGCUUGGACAUGCUCUGUAGGCUGUUGGAAGAGGAGUACCGAUUGAUUGGCUCAUCCGGAGAGCAUAUUUCGGAUGUUCUUGCUGGAAUUGGGUAUGCUCUAUCUUCUUCUGUGAAUGUUCAUUAUGUUAGAAUUUUAGAUUCUUUAUUGGGGAAUUGGGGCAAAGAAGGUGGGCCUUGUGGUAGUAUUACUCAUGGGCUCAUGAUUCUGCAUUUGAUUGAAUGGGUGUUGUCUAGUUUGAUCAAUAUCCGUUGUUUUGAGAAAAUAAAUGUUUUUGCCCACGAGGCUUUAGAGACUUCGAAGGCAAACUAUGUCCCAUUUGCCAUUGUCAUGGCUGCAGCUGGAGUGUUGAGGGUUGUCAAUAGAUCUAGAAUGAAUGGUCUGGGGCUAGAUACUGUUUCCAAAUUAAGGGGCUUUGCAGAGGAUCGGGUAGAAUCUUUUGCAAGAGCUAUUAUUUCUAGAAAUGGUGUUACGAAUGCAGAUAAUGAUCCCACAUGCAGUCUUCUACUUCAGUGCAUUUCAUUAGCACUGGCUCGAAGUGGCCCGGUUUCAUCCCGUGCCCCUCUGCUAAUGUGCCUUGCUUCUGCAUUGUUGAAUGAAAUCUUUCCCUUACGACAUUUAUAUACAAAAGUACUUGACUUCCCACAUAGAAAUUCAGCUAGACUAUGGCAUGAUGAGGUCAAAAAGCAUUUGGAAAGUGUUCUUUUUAAGGAAGCAGGGGCCAUAACUAGUGUUUUCUGCAAUCAAUAUGUUUCAGUAGAUGUAGAGAGCAAGGGUGUGGUGGAGAAUCUAAUAUGGGAUUACUGUCAAGAUAUCUAUUUGGGGCAUCGACAAGUAGCUUUGAUGCUACGAGGUAAAGAGAAUGAACUACUUGGGGAUACAGAGAAAAUUGCUGAAUCUGCUUUCCUUAUGGUUGUACUUUUUGCAUUGGCUGUCACGAAGCACAAGUUUAAUUCUAAAUCCACCCAGGAAACUCAGUGGGACGUAUCAGUACAUAUACUAGUUUCAUUUUCUUGUUUAGAGUAUUUUCGGCGCAUUCGUUUACCAGAGUAUAUGGAUACAAUUCGAGGGGUUGUUGCGAGUGUUCAGGGGAAUGAGUCUGCCUGUGUCUCUUUUGUGGAAUCUAUGCCCUCUUACAUGGAUAUGACCAAUGGAACAAAGUUUUCAUUAUCUCAAAAAGUGGAGUAUGUAUGGUCCAAUGAUGAUGUGCAAACUGCUCGCAUAUUAUUUUACCUACGAGUCAUUCCAACUUGCAUUGAACAUGUUCCUUGCCUUACACUUAGGAAGGUUGUAGCUCCAACUAUGUUCUUAUACAUGGGACAUCCAAAUGGAAAAGUUGCUCGAGCCUCACAUUCCAUGUUUGCGGCAUUCAUGUCCUCUGGGAAGGAUCUUGAUCAGGAUGAGAGAGUGUCAUUAAAGGAGCAGCUUGUUUUCUAUUACAUGCAGAGAUCUUUAUUGGGAUAUCCUGCCAUCACUCCUUUUGAGGGUAUGGCUUCUGGGGUUGCAGCCUUGGUCCGAAAUCUUCCUGCUGGAAGUCCAGCCAUAUUCUAUUGUAUUCACAGUCUUGUGGAUAAGGGCAGCACACUCUGUGGUGAAAUCUAUGCUCAGGAGGCUGAUUUGUUGAGGAACAGGCAAGGAGAUUCAGAUGCUUGCAAGAAAAUCCUAGAGUUGCUUCUACGGCUUAUUUCCCUUGUUGAUAUACAGGUGCUGCCAAACUUGAUGAAGUUGUUGGCACAAUUGAUUGUCCAGUUACCAAAAGAUGGUCAAAAUAUGGUUCUUAAUGAGUUAUAUUCACAGGUUGCAGAGUCUGAUGAUGUUACACGCAAGCCGACUUUAGUUUCAUGGCUGCAGUCACUGUCUUACCUUUGUGCUCAAGCUACAAGCGAAAGUUCCACCCCCAAAGGGGUGCAAAAAGAAGUGAACAUGACUUCUGCACAUAGCACAGACUCAUUAAGCCUUACUAGACUAAAUGCACGACUUUGAGACAUUGCGGUGCAGAUUUUGGAUUACCCUCCCCUCCUUUUGAUGGACUUUUGUUCCUUAAUUCUUUUGUGUGUCUAGUGCUUGUUGCUGAAUAUCUCAGUAUGUUUUCAGGAGUAAUAUAUAGAAAUAUGAACUUGCAUCAGUUAUAUUCUUGUUCACCUCACUAAUGCAAUAAAUACAUAAAUCACUUGUAGUUUCUAUAUGUUCAUACUUUACCACUCAUCUUAACACUGUAGUUAAAAAAUGAUGAUCUACAUUUAUUCAUAUAUAUACAUGAAUGGUUUUUCUUUCUGUUUUCGGCUUGUGUUCUGGGAUUAGUACUUAAGCAUUUCCAGUGCCAACCUCUAGAAACCCAGACUUCUGAGGGUAUAAAUUUGUCAGUUUGUGGGUGUAAACUUGAUGGUGUAUAUAUAUAUUAGUUGAUUGCAGAUUGAAAUCAUACUUUAUAGAGGGAAUAUCUGAACUUGGCCAUCUUGUAGACAGUAUUUUGCUUGCAGAGAAAGAAUUAAAUAUAAAUAUGGUUUUCUUAUCUUGCUUUUCAUAUUUCACUUUUGAGACAAUUUGUACAUGCUAAUGCUUCAUUUCUUUUGAUGGAAAGGAAAACAUUUCACAUUUUUUGGUUUUAGGUAGGACAGAAAAUAAUUAAAUGUCAACGGAAAAAUUUUACAAUUGAUCAAUGGAAAAUCAACUCUUCUCAGUGGAAAAUGUUUUCUGCAUUUUAUCAGCAGAAAGAAACAUGUAUCUUCCUUUUCUCUUGACAAAGAUCACGGGCACACAAAUAUUUCGCUCGACAGAAACAUGUGUCUUCCUUUUCUCUCUCUUCUCCCAUCUAUCUAGUCGCCAUCUCUGUUCCCAAUGGUAAACUCAUCGUUCCACUCUCUCAGUCACUCCUGAGCAUGGCAUCCAGGUAAAAUCUUCGCCUCUUUUCUAUUUUUGUAUAUUAAAAGCCUUUUUUUGCUGAAUUUUCUUUGUAUGUUUGUCAAAUUUGGGAUUAUUUGGCUGGCUUUUUGUUGUGUUUUUGUUCUGAUCUGUGCAUUUUUGGUUUGGAUCUGGGAAUUCUCCGUUAUCUUGAUCUAUUAGAGACCCACCCUCCCAACGUUUUAUUUCUGUAAAAAUAAGUUUUCCCUUUCUAACACCUUGGAACUUAGUACUGGGAAAUGGCCAUUCUGUUUGUGUUAUGAAUUGCAAAUGAUGACUGCCACAGAAUAUUAUUGGUUAAUAAUCAACACUUGUUGAUUGGGGGAAUAAUUGGCAUGCUAGUUGUAGUUUGUAGAAGCUGUUAGAUGAAAAAGUACUAAUUAAACAUUGUAAUAAUAAUAAAAAAAAAAUAUAGGGUAUGUGGUGGAAAAUAAUGAGUGCAUAAUAAUGAAGGAAUUAUUGAAGUUGAUUUCGUAUUUUUGCCGUAGUCCAUUUUUCAAUUAAAAGUGUUUACCUCUUUUUAUCAGAUGUUUUGAAGUAUGUUGUAGAAACAAAUGUAGACUGUAGAGUCUCUAUAUGUAAUGGGGAUGGGAAAUAUGUGAAAAUGGAAAAUUUCUACAUCUGUAUUCCUUGUGCUGUAAGACCAAUGGGAAAGAUAUUUGGCAUUUCAAUUGUAACUCAAGAGCCUUUUUGGGUAGCCUAUUGGGGUUUGAAUUCUUACAGUUUUGUGCAAUUCCAGUGGGGAUUUGGGGUCUAUCUAGUAAAUGUUAAAUUUUGGAUACCAUCAUAUGCCAAGGUUGUUUUGUGCAAAUCUUAUCUUGGAUGCUUGAGCUGUUUGACAUAGCGAGGCUUGUUUAAAUAUUUUCACAAGCUGGCUUUUGCCAAAUGAGUCAUGGAGGCUUAGACUUAGUGGAGCUAUACUUUGUUUUUUGUGGAAGAUUGCUUAGUGCAUGGGCUAUUAGAACCUGUUUAUUGAUUUUAACUUCCACAUUCAACACUCAUCUACAUUUUUUUCUUUCACCUGAUGUCUUCAGUAGUUGAUAUAAAUUUGUAAUUUGUUUCCACCUUUUAAAUUUGUUUUUAACAUGCUGAUGUUUAUUAUCAACUGCUUCAUGUUCACAAAGUAGAAAGAUCAGACUUAAAGUUUCAAUAUGAAAGGUUGACAGAAUUAUGUUUACUAAUGACUUUCUUUUGCUUGUCUUCUGUUUUUAACUGAUUUAUGUGGAAGUUCAGGUGUUCAAACGUGUGAAACAAAAUGCCAUUGUGCUGACUAGAAGGGUUUGUUUGGUUUUGCUUUUGGCGAGGUCAGGAAAUUGCCUAACGUUUGGCAAUUUCAGCUAAAAGAGCUUUAGCCCCCUUAAAGCACUUUUCGACUCCUCCAAAAACAAAACCAGACAGGCCGUUCUUGGCAAUUUUGCUAGAGAGCUUUAAAGGGGUCCUUAAAACCUGAAAACAACUUUAAUGCUAAAGAUGAUAUUUGCAGUUUUUAGGAAAAAAACUUUACAAUUCACUGUUUUUAGUUAAAGAUCUAUAUUGCAAAAGCUCUACUUCCUAUAGCAUUGCCAAAUGGGCAUUGAAUGGGAGUGGGAAAACUGUUAUGUUUAGUGCCCGCUCAUUAAAGCGGUUUCAAACCACAUUUUCUCAAAGUACAACUUUUUUAAAAUCCAAUUCUUUUAGGUACAACUUUUUUAAGCUGUACCAAUCGGGCGCUCUAUCAAUAUAAGUAAAAUUUUUAUGGUGUUAAUGGAUUAUGUUUAUCUAUAUUGAAAUCCAUUAUGGCUUUCAAACAUAAAGAUGCACAGUUGUGCAAACAAAAUCAUUUAACUAGAUCCUUCUACGACAUUUGUCAAAUUAAUUUGUUCAUGUCAUUCUGUGGCUUUGAUAUGUUAAUGUUAAUUUCUUUAACAUUCCAGGUGAGUUUGGAUAAGAAAGGCAAUUUGAUGUUUCUUUUCUUCAUCCUAUGGAAGCUUAUCCUGUUUACAGCUAGGCUACUAGCUUGGGUUGUUUGAUAUGUUCUUGGAAUCAUUAUAUUUGGAUUGUUUUGGUUUGGAAGUUCUUAUGAGCGGAUAGUCCCAAAUAAAUUGGGAAGAUCAUUGAAGACAGAUUUAGUUGCAUUUGAGAAGGAAUAUAAUCUUUGGUGAGAACCUUGUUGUCUACCCAAAGGCUAUUUCCUAUUACAAGGAAAGUGUUGUUAGAUUAUUAGAUUAUUACGUUCUGUAUUUUUUGUUAUCGAAUGAUUAUGUACAAUUAGAUAAUGAUAUUGGUGUUGAAAUUAAAUUGAUG